AUGGACAUGGAGAAACCAGGCAGUGAGAGUGGAUGCCUCAGCCCAGACUUCACUGAACCAGAGUGUCCAGCUUUCUCCAGCGGGGACCACGCAGCACCCCCCCUGUACCCCAAAACAGAAAUGGCUUCUCCGUCCCCUUCUCCGUCCCCUUUCCUUUCUAACAGCCAGAGCCAAGCCAAAGAGCCUACCAAAAUGUCUAUACCGGAUGAACCUAAAACAGUCUCAGAGAAGCAGCCGUCUGUGGAAGUUCUUGAGUCCAGUAACCUCACAACGGUUGCAGGGUCUGGAUUCACUACAGCUGGAGACAAAGAUCAAGGUCAAGGUGUCUCCUCUGACUCUAACAAAGACAAAUCUGGCAUGUCGUCUUAUUUCGAGACUUUGGCCCUGAAGGCAGAUGAGGGAUCCAAGGGGGCUCAAGCAGCAGAAGGUUAUUAUGAACUGAGCACCGCAGGUCAAGAGAAGAGCUUAGAGAGAAGCUCCCCAACAGUUCCGUCACCCCCUGAGAUCAACUACAGCAUGUUGGCACAAACACAGUCAGUGGAGAAGAAGCCGGACACCAAAAAGAGUCCGAUGGGAUAUCAAAAGGAUACCUUACCGGCCCUGGACAGGAGUAACGAAUGUAGGCUUUCCCCCGGGAAGUUGGCCCUGGAUCAGAGAAGCUACUCUCUCAACAUUACGAUUGGAUCGAUGGAUCCCAGCGGCCAGGGCCUACCUAGGAACUUCUCUCCAUUGGCCACGGACAUCAUGUCUUUUACCAGUGGCAGUCUGGAUGAGUCUGUCAACUAUCUCCCAGUUACCACCCUGUCUGCGGAGAAGGUGCCCCCGCCUUUCCCUCCCCUGAUCCUGGAGACUGCCGCCUCAGUCACGUCUGACUCCUCGUCUCCUCCCCACAACACAGGAGAGAUCCCCGGCGAAAAGACCAGCCCCCAGGGGUCAGAGUCCCCAGAGUCUCCCUUUCCACCCAAAUACUACUACAAAAAUGGGACAGUCAUGGCUCCUGACCUACCUGAGAUGCUGGACCUUGCAGGCACCAGGUCUAGACUAACUUCUGAGAACAAUGACCUAGAGACCAUGAGGAGGAAGUCUGUCCCUGCAGACGCCCAAGGCAUUGGGAGCGACUCCCUGGCCAACCUGGUCCUGGGGGACCAGAAUCAGAGCCAGAGUCUUGCCAAGAGUGAGAGCCAGCUGGAGGAGUUGGGUUACUGUGUGUUCAGUGAGUACUCAGGGCCCAUGCCUUCCCCUGCUGACCUCCAUAGUCCAAUUGACUCCCCGCCCCAGCGCUUCACCCCUAUGGCUCUGGAGGAAAAGAUGGCAGAGGAAAAACUGAAGAUCGAAGCUAGAGACAAACUAGCCGAAGACGAGAAGACAAAUCAGUUAACUGUGUGUGACGGUUCCAAAGAAAAGGAAGAAGCUAAACAAGUGGGACGGAAAGAUUCUGCUUCAGAGGAAAAAGACAACAAAGAGAUCAGCCAUGAAAAAUCUGCCAUGGAGGACCAAAACGACAAACCGGCUUCAGCUCUGAAGUCAGCAGAGUCCUUUGUGACUCCUACAGUGAUGGUCACCCUGGAUGAGGAGGGAAAGGCAGGGAACGAGGGACCAGAGACAGAUGCUGAGAUGGCUGCCUACGAGAGGCAGAUCCGCCGGCUGGAGAUGGAGGACAGGCCCCUGAGCAUGGAGGAGGAGCGAGAGCUGCAGGAGUUAAGGGAGAAGGUGAAGGACAAGUUCUUGGUGCACCAGGAGGCAUACGAGGAGGUGGAUGCCGAAGACGUCUACCAACUGACUGGGGUUGCCAAGGACCGGAUCAGCAGGCCCGCAAGGCCCUCCCCGGCCUCCUCCGUGGAGAGCACCACAGAAGAAGAGAAGGUUCCAGUUACGGACACCGAGAAACCUAAACAGACGGGAGGUCAGACAACGCCUCCGAAGGUUGACGUCAUGGCGACAUCUCCGUCUGUGUCAGGUGGUGGUGUGAGCACCACAGAAGAAGAGAAGGGGAAAGUUAGCGAAGAGAAGCUGAAGAAGGAGCAGGAGCAGCCUGGAGAGAAAGAAGAGAAGGUUGAGAAGGAUAUAAUGAAAGACAAGGAGGAAGAAGAAGAAGAAGAAGAGGAAGAUGGUGAAGUUCUGGCAGGGGCAGGAGCAGCGAUGGAUGACGUUCCAGAACCCAGAGCUGCCAUAGAGUCAGUGGUGACUGUGGAAGAUGACUUUAUCACUGUAGUCCAGACCAUCGACGAGGGCGAGGAGCCAGGACACAGCGUGCGUUUCUCUGCUCCGCCUGAGCCUGAGACACCACAGGCUCUCCACGAGCAGGAGGAAGAGGAGGAGGAGGAGUCCCAGGAGGUGGAGAUCAUGGAGGCAGCUAGUCUUGAGGAGGUGGGGGAUGUCUCAGAGGAGGUCCGUGAGAAGGAGGUGCAGGCCUCCCCAGAGAAGGAGGUGCAGACAGAGACCGAGGGACAGACAGAGAGCUACGACAGAGAUGAGACCACCAUGGACGACUCAAUCCUAGACAGCUCUUGGGUCGACACUCAAGAUGUGGAUGAUGACAAGAGCAUGGCUACAGAGCAGAUCGAGCCCCUGAGAGCCGACCGGGUCCCAGCCCCACCAGUCAAGAAGGAGAAGACUCCCCAACAGCAGAAGCAGGAGAAGCAGCCAGUGAAUCCCAAGGCUAAAGGGGGACGGGUGAAAGGGCGCGAGGGGCACGGCUCCACACCAGAACGUAAACCCAUUCACAAGCAGCCGGUCUAUAUCCCCAGGGAGGACGUCAAGAAGAAGAAAGCCGUGAUUAAGAAGACUGAGCUGACCAAGAAAGCUGAGACUCAGAUGCGCUCCUCUCCGUCUCGGAAGAGUGUGUUAAAGUCUACUGCGGUCCGACACUCGCGUCCUGCCCAGGCCCACCCCUGUGCUAGGAGGAAACCUACAGUGGGUGUACCAGAGGGUCGUCGGCCCCUCAGUGUUGCUAGACAGUCUGGGGACAGAGCCUCAUCGCCACCACUGACAAAGAUCCCCACCUGUAAAUUGCGAGUGGCCACCCUCCUGCCCCCUCGCCUUAUCUCCUCUUUCUCCUCCCACAAUAAAAAUAACUUCCUGGUGGAGGUGGAGCUUGAUAGGCCCCGUCCCUCCUCCUGCGGGCCUCGUGACUCCCCAACACUACACAGACUGAUAGACGUGGAUGGUGGUUCUCAGAGCCCAAAGAGGUCAUCCCUGCCGCGGCCUGCCUCUAUCCUGAGCCGGCGUACCCACCACCACCCACACGACCAGGAGGAGAGCUCCACCUCAAUCACCAGCUCCGGCUCCACCGCACCCCGCAGACCUACGUGCACACAGUCGAUGCGUUCCCGCUCGCUGUGCAGCGGCCCCACCACACCCCGCACCCCAGGGUCCACAGCCAUCACCCCUGGAACCCCUCCCAGCUACAGCUACUCCUGCCGCACACCCGGGACCCCUCGCACCCCCGGCACACCACGUUCACUCAGCCUGCUGCAGGAGAAGAAGGUGGCUCUGCUCCGCACCCCUCCCAAGUCCCCCGCCACCACCCCCAAACAGCUCCGCGUCCUCAACCAGCCCCUGCCAGACCUCAAGAACGUCAAGUCUAAGAUCGGCUCCACAGACAACAUCAAUUACCAGCCCAAGGGGGGACAGAUUCAGAUUUUAAACAAGAAGCUGGACUUCAGUCACGUACAGUCAAAAUGUGGAUCCAAGGAUAACAUGAAGCAUUCUCCUCGUGGAGGCAAUGUGCAGAUACAGACCAAGAAGAUUGACCUGAGUCAUGUGACCUCCAAGUGUGGAUCCUUGGACAACAUUCGCCACCGGCCAGGGGGAGGUAACGUGCGCAUAGAAAGUGUGAAGCUGGACUUCAAAGACAAGGCCCAGCCCAAGGUGGGUUCCCUGGAUAAUGCACACCACACCCCUGGUGGAGGCCUCAUUAUGAUCGAGAGCCACAAGCUGUUGUUCCGUGACACGGCCAAGGCCCGGGUGGACCACGGGGCGGAGAUCAUCAUGACCCAGUCACCGGUAACGGGCAUGUCAGGGACGCUGUCCCCCCACCGCCACAGCCACCUGUCCUCCUCCGACAGCAUCAACUUGCUGGAGUCUCCACAGCUAGCCACUCUGGCUGACGAUGUCACCGCUGCCCUGACCAUGCAGGGUUUGUGA